CGAUGACGAGCCCGAAAUCUCGGUGUUUCCGCCAAUCAAACCAGAGAGCUGCCGCGGUCUCGUGGCCUUCUUUUCGGGCUGCAUUUGUACUCAGUAUACACGAAGAAAAGACGAGAAUUUCGUUCUGAUUAAUAUGGAGCCGGCUGGGGUGUUGCACUAGGGUAUUGAGAGCAAGAGUGUAACAUAAUCCUCCUUUUAUUGUUCGGACUUGGGCUAAUUGACGUGACGGUGUUUUGCUUCUACGCCGCUGUGAUUGCAGGCGAGCGCCUUGGUAUCUCGGAUAGUAAGACGGAGGCUCAAGAAUUAAAAAAAAAAAAAAAAAAAAAAAGAGGGUGAGGAUAAUCUGAGGGCUGUUACAGUGUCAGCGUUAUCGGGGAUCUGCCGUAAUGAUAAAGGACUGAGGAUCAAAUCACAGCUGACGUUAAGAGCACAGACAGGCACCUUCUCUAAGUAAGCCAGGAAAAGGGAGGUGUCUUGGGGAUGGCACAGCCGGCAGGGAGAGGAGCGCACGUCUCCCUCUAGCCACGUCCGAUGGCGUUUCGCUAUACCGGCUAGAUGCAGUUAAUCUAAGUGCUACGGCUUACACGGUCACUCCGUGCAUAUGAUGCUGAAAAGCCCGGAGCAGGCGACGUCUAGUGCCAGUGUGCAGACCGGACGCCGAGCGCUGAGCCGGCGGCGCCCCGUGCCUUUCGCUGCCCGCCAGCCCCAGCCUCUCGGUGCUUGUCCAGGCAUGUGCAUGCUGCGGCUGCAGACUGGUGUCGUGCAGUAGGGCGUCUGGAACGAACAUGGAGCGCGGGGUCGUGCGAUUUGCGGUCAAUUUCAAGACUUUGGGGGUCUUUCUUUAAAAUUGUUUCUUUUCGGAUGCGGCUUGGCGUCCGAGCGUCUCUUCACAGAUACGGGCACUCGAGUCAAGUUGUUUUUCGGGGUGGGUAGUUUUCUCCCGGGGCCAUCGGGUGCUCACUAUGGUUAAGUUUUUUUAAUCUUCUUUUUCGUCGUUGUGAUCGGAAGCGGCCAGCUGACUGACCUACCCGCCGGAGCCCCUAACAGCCCAAUGAAGGAGUACAAAGUGGUCGUCCUCGGCAGCGGCGGCGUCGGCAAGUCCGCGCUGACCGUGCAGUUCGUUACGGGCACUUUUAUUGAAAAAUACGACCCGACCAUCGAGGAUUUCUACAGGAAGGAGAUCGAGGUGGACUCGUCGCCCUCCGUGCUGGAAAUUCUCGACACCGCAGGGACGGAGCAGUUCGCCUCGAUGAGGGAUCUGUACAUUAAAAACGGACAGGGCUUCAUUCUGGUCUACAGUCUUGUCAACCAGCAGUCAUUCCAGGACAUCAGACCUAUGCGGGACCAGAUCGUCCGCGUGAAGCGCUUCGAGAAGGUGCCGCUGAUCCUGGUGGGCAACAAGGUGGACCUGGAGGCGGAGAGGGAGGUGGCAGGGGCAGACGGGCGGCACCUUGCCCAAGAAUGGGGCUGCCCCUUCAUCGAGACGUCGGCCAAGAGCAAGACCAUGGUGGACGAGCUGUUCGCCGAGAUCGUCAGGCAGAUGAACUACGCCACGCUUCCCGAGAAGCAGGACCAGUGCUGUACAGCCUGCGUGGUGCAGUGAGAGCCCCGCCCUGACGGUGAGAGGCGGCGACCAUCAAUAUCGCCAGCUUUGGCCCAGCUUGUCAGAUAUAUGGGCUCCACAGCCCGAACUUGAACUGGAAGCCUCGCUCACACCUUGGACAGGACCCUCGCCCGGUCACACCUGGAUGCCGCCAGAAUACAGAGAAAAUUUAACAUUUGUGAUUUUAUGGUGUCCAAACCUUUGAAUGUGCUCUUUUCAGUCAGCCUGAAGUAGCGAAUGACAUUUUAACCUGUAUUUUUUCUUUUUAAGUCUCUGCUUUGUCUGUGGGUAUAUAGACCUGUCAGGUGGACGGGCGGUAGUGUCAGGGACGCCCAUGCAUCGGCGUGUCGCCGUCGGUGCCCAGGGAACAUGGCGUGAGAUGCCAGAGAGUGGGGAAUACCCGGGGAAGGAGGAGAAGGAAAAUGCGACAUCCUGAGUGGGAGCCGGCGUUCCAAAACAGGAAGCUGCUGAGAAAGAGUCUUCAGCAUGGGAUGGACCCCCCCCCCCCCCAAUCCUCCACUGUCUGCCCCCCAGUGCUGUUUUCAGUAGCUCCCAUCACCUGGCCUGGAAGACAUUGCUCACACAUGCAAUCUUUGAGAACGAGGGUUCGAUGCAUCUUAUGAGACCUCCUGGCUUAGGGACGUGGUCUCCAGGCAGGCAACAGUGGUUUUAUUUUAAUGCAAAGUAAAGAAAGCCCCUUCCCCCCCCCCCUCCCCUCC